AUGUUACCACGUACCUCCUGCUCGCGGCUACUCUUCAGCCCACCAAGGCUGUCUCCUAGGUCCUGUUUGAGAGCUACCGUUCCAGAAAUCCUCAGGAGGCAGCCCGGCCCCGCCCUCUCUGCCAAGACAACCACCCGCUCCGCCCACCAUGAGAGCAAUCCUACCAAGCGCCCUACUGUCCUGCUCGACCAGUUCAAGCGGCCUAUUACUGGCACCUCCGGCACAGCCUCCAUCCUACGAGCCCUUCACGACGCCUCUACGUCCGGUGCUGGUGAACCCAUUCCCUACGCUAACCUGACAGUUGGUGUCCCCCGAGAGACCUACCCCAAUGAACGCCGUGUAGCCCUCACGCCGCCCAACGUGGGCCUCCUUCUCAAGAAGGGUUUCAAGCAGGUUCUCAUUGAGCGCAACGCCGGCGCUGCCGCCGAGUACUCCGAUGAAGCCUACUCUCACGCGGGAGCCACGCUCGUCGAUGCCCCCACCAUCUGGUCCUCCUCAGACAUCGUGCUGAAGGUCCGUCCGCCGGAGAUCGCCGGCCAGAUCGACGCCAUGAAGCCUGGCUCAACCGUCAUUUCCUUCCUGCAGGUCUCGACGCAGCGUGACAAGGUCGAUGCCCUGGCCGCACGCGGCGUGACCAGCUUCGCCAUGGAGCAGGUGCCGCGCAUCACGCGCGCACAGGCUUUUGAUGCCCUGUCUUCAAUGGCCAAUAUUGCGGGCUACAAGGCUAUUCUGGAGGCUUCGAACCACUUCGGCCGCUUCCUAACCGGCCAGGUCACAGCGGCCGGCAAGAUCCCGCCGUCCAAGGUGCUGGUUAUUGGUGCGGGCGUUGCCGGCCUGAGUGCCAUCACGACGGCGAGGCGCAUGGGCGCUAUCGUGCGCGGCUUUGACACGCGGGCUGCAGCACGCGAGCAAGUACAAAGCUUGGGAGCGGAGUUUCUCGAGGUCGAGAUCCACGAAGAGGGCGACGGGCAGGGUGGCUACGCGCGAGAAAUGAGCAAGGAGUUCAUCGAGGCCGAGAUGCGUCUCUUCCUCGAGCAGUGCCGCGAGGUCGAUAUCGUGGUGACCACGGCGCAGAUCCCCGGUAAGCCGAGUCCGAAACUGCUGCUCGAGGAGGCCGUCAUGGCCAUGAAGCCCGGCAGCGUCGUGGUGGAUCUGGCGGCCGAGGGCGGCGGCAACUGCGUGCUCACCAAGCCCGGCGAGCUCAUCACCACGCGCAACGGCGUCAAGAUCAUCGGCUACACCGAUUUCGCCAGCCGGCUGCCCACGCAGGCCAGCAACUUGUACAGUAACAACGUCACGAAGCUGCUGCUCAGCAUGAGCCCCAAGGAUGCCUCCUUUGGCGUCGAUCUACAGGAUGAGGUCGUGCGCGGCGCCAUCGUCACGCACGGCGGCGAGGUCCUGCCACCGGCGCCACGGCCUGCCCCGCCGCCACCAACCCAGAAACCCGUCGUCGAAGAAGAGCCGCGGAAGGAGCUGACGCCGCUACAGCGGGCCCAACGACGCGUCGCCGCCGUCUCGGGCGGCAUGCUGUCGGCCCUCGCGCUGGGGAAAUUCACCACGCCCCUCUUCAUGAGCAACGCCUUCACCGUCGGCCUCGCCGGCCUGAUCGGCUACCGCAGCGUCUGGGGCGUCAUCCCCGCCCUGCACUCCCCGCUCAUGAGCGUCACCAACGCCAUCUCCGGCAUCGUCGGUGUCGGCGGCCUCUUCGUCAUGGGCGGCGGCUACCUCCCCGCCACGGUGCCGCAGUUCCUCGGCGCGGCGAGCGUGGCCCUCGCCUUCGUCAAUAUCGGCGGCGGCUUCGUCAUCACCAAGCGCAUGCUCGACAUGUUCCGCAGGCCCAUGGACCCCAGCGAGUAUCCCUGGCUGUACGCCGUGCCCGCGGGCUUGUUUGGCAUGGGCUUCGUGGCCGCGGCGAGCACCGGCAUGGCGGGCCUCGUGCAGGCCGGGUACCUCGUCAGCUCGCUGCUGUGCAUCAGCAGUAUUUCCGGCCUGGCGUCGCAGGCGACGGCGCGUCAGGGCAAUCUGCUGGGUGUUCUGGGGGUGGGCAGCGGCGUGCUGGCCAGUCUGGCGGCCGUGGGGUUCGCGCCGCCCGUGCUGGCGCAGUUCGGCGUCAUUGCUGGUGUCGGCAGUCUGGUGGGCGCGCUCAUCGGGCGGCGCAUCACGCCCACGGAGCUGCCGCAGACCGUGGCCGCGCUGCAUAGCGUGGUCGGCCUGGCGGCCGUGCUGACGAGUAUCGGCAGCGUGUUGGCCAGUACGGGCGCACACCUGACCGUGCUGCACAUGGUGACGGCGUACCUGGGCGUGCUGAUCGGUGGCGUCACCUUCACCGGCUCGAUCGUCGCGUUCCUCAAGCUGGCGGGCCGCAUGAGUUCCCGACCGACCAUCCUCCCCGGGCGACACGCGCUGAAUCUCGGUCUCGUGGCCGCCAACGCCGGCACCAUGGGAGCCUUCCUCACCAUGGCGCCCGGAAGCCCAUUGAUCGCGGCGGCCGCCCUCAGCGCCAACACGGCCCUCUCCUUCGCCAAGGGCUUCACGACCACGGCGGCCAUCGGCGGCGCCGACAUGCCCGUCGUCAUCACGGUGCUCAACGCCUACAGCGGCUUCGCCAUCGUCGCCGAGGGCCUCAUGCUGGACAACCCGCUCCUCCUGACCGUGGGCUCUUUGAUCGGCGUCUCCGGCUCUAUUCUGUCCUACAUCAUGUGCGUGGCCAUGAACCGCAGUUUGACCAACGUGCUCUUCGGCGGCAUCGCGGCGCCCCAGGCCGUCGACACGGACAAGAUCACCGGCACCGUCACCAAGACGAGUGUGGACGAGACGGUCGAGGCCCUCGCGGGCGCGGACAGCGUCAUUAUCGUCGUGGGCUACGGCAUGGCGGUCGCCAAGGCGCAGUAUGCCAUCGCCGAGAUGACACAGUUGCUGCGCUCCAAGGGCGUGAAUGUCCGGUUCGCCAUUCACCCCGUCGCGGGCCGCAUGCCGGGCCAGUGUAAUGUCCUGUUGGCCGAGGCGUCGGUGCCGUACGACAUCGUGCUGGAGAUGGAGGAGAUUAAUGAUGAUUUUGGCGAGACGGAUUUGGUCUUGGUCAUUGGCGCGAAUGAUACGGUGAAUCCGAUUGCGUUGGAGCCGGGGAGUCCGAUUGCGGGCAUGCCGGUGUUGCAGGCGUGGAAGAGUAAGGGGGUCGUGGUCAUGAAGAGGGGGAUGAGUAGUGGGUAUGCGGAUGUGCCGAAUCCGAUGUUCUACAUGCCGAACACGAAGAUGCUGUUUGGGGACGCGAAGACGACGUGUGAUGAUGUGGAUCUAAUGGCGCUAUACGACUGGGGCUGA